AGAGGAAGAGGGCAAAGGGAAAGAGCGUGGUACCCGAAUCAAGUGUGAAGUGCCUGUCUUAGGACCGUAAGUUUUAGACGCCCCGUCCUUCGUCAAUGGAUGAGAUCCUUGGGUGUGGAGUCCCUCUUCCGCACGAUCAUCACCUGGAAGGCAAGGACGUCGGCCUCGGAGACUUGCCUCGCAUGGGUCUUCGCCACUGCGCGGGGACAAGGAAGAGUGUGGUAAAUGACAGCGGGGGCCGGGAGGACGGUCUAGGAGAAGCCGGCGGAGGUGGAGACCGCCGCCGGAUGUCGUUGUUAGUAGGGUGCAGCAGCGUAUUAAGGAUUGCAACAUCUGCCAGUGGUACAUUUCUCACGGCCCAGUCCUCCUCCUCCUCCUCUCUGUGGCAAAUGUUCUCCAGAGGGAUGAUUAAGGGUUUGGUAGCGGUGGUGAUUCUCCUCGUUGUGCACUGGUCCGUGGUUCACGCGCCUGGUUUUUUCUUGAGUCGCGCGAACGCUGUGGGCCGCCGAUGUCAUUUUAGCCGUGAUAUUGACGGCCCAGAUUCUUCGGCUGCGCCUGUCGGCAACAGCUUCGGAAGAGGGUCGAUAACAGCGAUGGACGGGGCAGAGGCUGACGCGCAACAGCGUCAAGUUGGCGGAGCGGGCGGAGUCGGCGGAGUCGGCGGAGUGCAGGAAGGACGAUGGCGAGACCAGCGGUUUGCCAUGGUGACCUGCUCUGAUGGGUCCAGCACCAUCCCCGAACGUUCCUUUGAAGGCUUGGCCGAGAUGAUUGCCCCCAACAAGGAGCGGUAUGUGAGGAGACACGGGUAUGAUUACAUCGAUGCGAGCGAUAUCUUGGAUCGAAGACGGCCGCCAAGCUGGAGCAAAAUCCUCGCAGUGCAGAAACAUCUUGGACACUAUGAUUGGGUCUUUUGGACCGACGCCGAUUCCGUGGUCACGAAUCCCGACAUUACGCUGCAACAGGUGAUUGAUUCUGUUAUCCCCUUCUCCUCCUCCUCAUCGUCGCUUUUCUCCUCCGCUGCCUCCUCCCCUUCCCCCUCCUCGUGGGACACGUCAUCAUCAUGCGCUCGCUCCAGCCUCGGCAACGCUACGCUUUCUGCUCCCUCUCCUGUUUCCCUUCCUCAACCUCGUUCUUCCGUGGAGGAGGGGUGGGAAGAGGACGGGUAUGAUGAGUUCCCGGAUUUCAUCGUGACCGAAGAUUACAAUGGGGUCAAUGCUGGCAUGUUCUUCGUGCGUAACUCAUCCUGGAGCGCGCGAUUCCUAAGUACCUGGUGGGAGCAGGUCCAGUUCAUCCAGCCGUUUGGUCUGUGCAAAAGUGGGGACAACGAUGCGCUCAAGUACCUCAUUGCGACCAUGGAUCCCGACGAAAGACGGCGCCAUGUACUCAUCCCGCGCAUGCAGUGUUCUUUCAAUUCCUAUCUUUGGCCCUCUUCUCUGAGGUCAGUUGUUCGACUGAUCACACAGAGGGACGCGGUGUGGAACGGGGUGUUUGCACAAGGGGACUUCAUGGUGCAUUUGGCCGGACUGAACAACAAGAAGAAGUAUGUGCACAGGGUUUUGAAGGAGCUAGAGAAUCGAGGGGAGGGAGGAGGAGGGAGUAGGGCAAGGGAGAUGAUGAGACCGUGGAGGAGAAAAUUAGGGUUUUCUGUAAGACGUCCAGCGUAGGUUACGCGGGGGUGGGGGAGGGGCCGCGGGGGGGGGGGGGGGGGGGAGUAGUAGGUAGAGAAUCGGGCGAAGGCAGGAGGAAGGAUUUGGGGGGAAGAUGACGUGGUCCCAUCCAGGUGGACGGAAGGCGAACUCCGUCAGAAUGAAGCAAAGAAGAAAGUAGGACACGGCGGGUUUCUGUCGCAGGUGUCGUAUCUAUAUUCCCCCAUUUGUUUAGUUGUGCUUUUUUUCAUUUUUUUUUGAAUUUUUAUAAUCGUUUCUUCUGGAAAUGAGAUUGAAACCAAACCACGUAGGUGUAACACCUGAAGAAGAAGAAGAUUGAAAUGACAUAUCCCAUGCGUAUGCCUAUCUUAUAUAUCGUCACAAAUAGAACUGCCCGGUAAACCGUAGGCAGAGAGAGAGAAGAGGACAACAAACGAGGGGCUAUAUAUAUAUAUAUACUACAAAUGUAGAAAGACAUUGAAAUACUGGUGAAUGGCAAAAGCAGAAACGUAGACAAAAAUAAAGGAAGAAAGAGUGGAACGUGCGAAAGGGAGGGUGGUCGUGUGCCGCUUCUUGCGCGGUUGCAGUUCGUGGGUGAGAGAGAGAGAUGACUACGGUAAUUAGGUUUUCAACAAAAGACGCGUACUUGUCCUCCGUCCCCCUUGCCCAUCCCCCUGCCCCACCUUUUCUGAUGAUCUGUUUUUUACUUACUUCGUGGAUAAGGAGCAAGGAAAAGGACAACAUCAUCUUUAUCCUAUCGCUGGUUCUUGUGCUAUUUUUUCGACAAGUCCCCUCCGCCUCUCCUCCUCUUGACCCUUCCAUACGCAUUGUGGGAGAGGGACAGGACAUAUCAUUUUCUCUUUGUCUGUGAGAGAGAGAGAGCGAGGGGGGGAGGGGAACGUACAAACACACACACACACACACACACACAGAGAGAGAGAGAGUUAGAAAUUCCAUUCAUUUUUUUGCCCCUGUCGCUCCGUCUCUCUCCUCCUCUCCUCUCCUUUCUUCUUCUUCUUCUUCUUCUUCUUCUUCGUUUUCUUCUUCCCUUUUCUUCUCUUUCUGUCUUCCUUCCGCCCAACCUUGUCAUUGCAGAUACAUACAUCGUCAUUGCCUGCUAUGUCAGUUCUUCAUUGUGCCCCGUGCCUCGACUAGUUGUAUACAGGAUAAACAGCUCCCUGAACACAGUAUAGCGGCCCUCUGCUCCCUUUUUGCACGCUUCCCAGCUCCUUGUUGCCGUUUUGAACAUCGGAGAUAUGUCUGUUGCUGCCAGUCAACAGCGAAGACGCGGGAAGCUGUACACGAGCCGGGAAUGUGUACACGGUGUCAAAAAUGUCAAAAAUGGAAAAGACAUGGCGUUAGCCGUGGAACGGGUUGAACGGGCGGGCGUAGUUUCAAGAAGAUGCGGCGUUGCGGUUAUGCGAGGAGUUGUUAUCCCCGCUAAGCAAAAACCUCCCCAAGGAAAGCUUCAUCUUCAUCGUUCUUCCUUUCGCUUUCUAUUCUUUCGUUCCUCUCGGACCCAUUCGCUGGACCAUUCGCCGGGCUAGUCGCUGGACCAGUCGGCGAGACCAGUCGGCGAACCAUUUGGUAGGCACUGAGUCGGAGUUGGAUUGUCGGUUGACCUCGUAUACGGAUUGGAGUAUUGGUGGAACGAGUUGACAAGUACUGCGUGCUGAAUUUCUGGAGCCCGCGCUGACUAAUCCAUAUUGCUUUUUGAUUUUGACUUCGUUAAAAUUUGGACUGGGGUUGAAAUCAAGAGUCGUCCGCUCA